CUAAAUAAGACAAGAAUUCAAACUUUCGGUGCAGAUGUGGCAAAAAUAAAUUUAAAAUUUUGAUAAUUUUUUUUUUCUAGUUUAACAACGGAUUUAGCUUACUGAGGUCGCUGUUGUCGAGAUAUUCAUGUGCGUUUUCGUUUAAAGAGUAAAACAAGCUAACCUUUAAAGUGAAACACCGUUAGGUAAAAUAAUAUUUCAAUUCAUUAAUAAAAACUGCGAGAAGUUUUUAAUUUUAUUUAUAAUUCUGAAAGUGAAUAAAAAAGUUUCGUAAUUGUUUUCAAAAUGUACACAUUCCAACCGUAUGUUUUUACUGAAAAUUCUCCUAAUGGUAUUGCAAAACCUAAAGGAAGAAUGCUGUCAAGAAUACGGUGUGAUGGUAAAAAUUUGUAUAUUUACGCAGGCGUGGAUCCAACGGUUGUUGUGGGUAUUCAAGAUGAAUUAUCUGAUCCUUCAUUUGACGCAUCACUGUCUGACUUUCGUGAUAUCUGGGUGUACAAUUUAGCUGGACAACAAUGGAGAUUAAUGAGAAAUGAUAGUAAUUUACCAGAUCAUAAAGAUAUCAUUUUUGGUAGUAUUUUUGAAUCAAAUUAUUUAGUCAGUUGGACAAUAAGAGCACCAUUAAAUGACGAACUUUCCAGUCGCAAAUGCCGAUUACAUAUUUAUGAUUUAAAUACCGAAAGUGCGCUUGCCCGAAAGACAACUGGACAAAUUUCACCUUCAUUUUCACUUAAUUCCAUUCGUCAUGGAAAAUAUUUGUAUACUGUGGGUAUCGCAAGAGAACUUGGUGAAUUUUCCGAUGUAUGUAAAUUAAAUAUGGAAAAUCUUGUAUGGGAAAUAGUUUAUAUCUGUCAAGGAGUUGAUGCCAAUGAACCAACUGGUAGAGUAGGUCAAACUUUAGUUCAUGAUAACAAUAUGAUUUAUAUAUUUGGUGGGGUGGUAGAUGGUUCUGGACUGAAUCCAUCUUCUUUUGGCCAAAUAUCGGCGUUUGAUUUAGAAAAGUGCUGCUGGAAAAUAGUAAACACUCAUGGUGAUGAAAAUCACAUACCGCAGUAUCCAUCUGAAAGAGAUUAUUUUGGGGUAACGAGUUACGCUGACCCGGAUUCUGGUGAAAUACAUGUGGUAAUAUCUGGAGGAAUGGUUAAUAAUCUUAGAGAUACCUUCAAUGAUGUCUGGAGAUUGAAUCUUACAAGUUUAAAAUGGACGUGUCUUGAAAGAUUUGGUACUGCCUUGCCUUGUCCCGUUAAUAAUCAUUCAAUGACCGUUUCUCCUGCAGGAAAGUUAUCCACAUUCGGUGGAUAUAUUUUCAAUAAUGAUACGGAACAACCAUCCUGUAUUUCUACUUUACACUCAACUUGGCUCAGGAUUCCCAAACUCACAGACAUUUGCUGGGAAGCCGUUUUCCAUUACUACCCAAACUUGAAAGCAAUGACCGAUAAAGAAAUUAUGUCCCUCGGCCUUCCAUUGCAAUUACUCAAGUCGCGUAUUUAUUAAUUAAAUAUUUAUAAGUAAUUUGAUUGUAUUCAUUUUAAUAUUUAUAACACACUAGCAUUUAAAAUUAUAAUGGUCAUACAUUCAUGAAAAUUGCUGAAAAAUCGUGUCAGAGUUAAGUACGGAUGUUUUUGUAUUCAAAAAUUUAUUAUAUAAACAUUUAAGAUAAACAAUUCAAUAGUUAAAUUAUUUUCAAAGUUAACUGUUUUUGUUUUUUACAAUAAUUUUUUUUACAAAAUGUCACUAAAAAAUUUACUGUUAUUGUUUUUAUUAUCUAUUUAUUCAUAUCAUUACUUAGACAGUUUAUUUUUAAUUUAUAUAAAAAAUUAUCUUUUUUUUUUCUUAAUUACCAUUUUUCAUAGCCCUGACGGUUUUGAAUCACCGUGGAAACACCGUGGAAUCCACCGUGUUUUCACUCCCAGGGUGAUUCAAAACCGCCAGGGUGGAAACGAAAACGACCCAUUCUAUCCCGAGAAUGAACGCUUGUAAACAUCUAGAUAAACAAAAUGUUCGUGAUGACGAUUCUGUCCAAUAAACUUCUGUCUCAAUGGCACCUACUCGCCUGUGAAUACACACCCUUGUAUUUAUGAAUUAAAGAUAAUAAAUUACAGCAGUGACAUUAAUAAAUAAUUUAUUGACUUCAACAAUUAAAUUUCCAGUUUUUGCCGAUUACCCGCCGAAAUUUGAUUUACUGAGGUCGCUGUCGUCGAGAUAUUAAUGUGCGUCAUAUAAAAAGUAAAACGAGUUAACCUUUCAACUGAUACACUAAAAAGUAACGCAAGUUACUUGAAAUAAAGUUUUAAUUUAUCAAUGAAAAUUGCAUGAGUUUUUUAAUUUUAUUUAUUAUUUAAAAAAUUCAUAAAAAAGUUUUAUAAUUAUUUUAAAAAUGUACGUAUUUAAGCCGCAUGUUUUUACUGAACAUUCGCCGCAUAGUAUUGCGAAACCUCUAGGAAGAAUGAAAUCGAAGAUACGAUGUGACGGUAAAAAUUUAUAUAUUUACAGCGGUGAAGAUCCGAAUUCUGUUGAACAUCGAGAUGAAUCGGGUAAUAUUUUAUUCUUCACAUCAAAACCAGAAUUUCGGGAUAUCUGGGUGUACAAUCUAGCUAGACAACAAUGGAGAUUAAUGACAAUUGACAGUAAUUUACCUGAUAGUAAUGAUUUCAUUUGUGGUACUAUUUUUGAAUUGAAUUAUUUAGUUAUUUGCACAAUACAAAGGCCUUCUAAUCUCGAACCGUCAAGCCGCAACUGUCGGUUACACAUAUGUGAUUUAAACACCAAAAGUGUACUUGUCCAGGGGACAACUGGACAAAUUCCAUCUCCUACAUUUGCAAACAAUUUAAUUCGUCAUGGAAAAUAUUAUUAUACUGUCGGAAUCACAAGAAUUGAUGAAGACUUUUCCGAUGUAUAUAAAUUAAAUACGGAAAACGGUGUAUGGGAAGUUGAUUAUAUCUGUCGAAAACGCGAUUACUAUAGACAAGAUAGUAAAUCAAGUCAUACUUUAGUUUAUGGUAACAAUAUGAUAUAUAUAUUUGAUGGUGAUACUGAUGAUUCCGCCUUUGAUGUAUUUUCUUUUGUCAAAAUUUUGGCGUAUGAUUUAAAAAAGCGCUGCUGGAAAAUGCUUGACACUCAUGGUGAUGAAAAUCACAUACCGCAGUAUCCAACUGAAAGAAAAGACAUCGGGGUGACAAGUUACACUGAUCCAGAUUCUGAGGAAAUAAAUGUAAUAAUAUCUGGAGGAACAAAUUGUGAUGAUAAUGCUUUGAAUGAUGUCUGGAGAUUGAAUCUCACGAGUUUAAAAUGGACGUGUCUUGAGAGAUUUGGUACUGUCUUACCUUGUCACAUUGAUAGUCAUUCAAUGAAAGUUUCUCCUGCUGGAAAAUUAUUCACAUUUGGUGGAUAUAUUUUUAAUAAUGAUACGCAACAAGGACUUUGUUUAUCUACUUUACACUCAAGUUGGCUCAGGAUUCCCAAACUCACAGAUAUUUGUUGGGAAGCUGUUUUCCAUUACUAUCCAGGCUUGAAAUCAAUGACUGACAAAGAAAUAAAGUCACUCGGUAUACCGCCACACUUCCUCAAGUCCCGUAUUAAUUAAGAAAGUAUAUAUAAGAAAAUGAUAUGUAUUCAUUUUAAUAUUUAUAACUUACUAGCAUUUAAAAUUAUAUAGUUCAUAAAUUCAUUUGAAAUCAUCUUCAAAGUUGACUGUUACUAAUUUAUAAUAAAAAAUGUACUAAAAAAAUUAAUUUCUUGUUUUUUUAUUC